UUCUGCGCCGCCAUGUCGCGGAGGCUGCUGCCCCGGGCGGAGAAGCGGCGUCGGCGGCUGGAGCAGAGGCAGCAGCCGGAGGAGCAGCGGAGGCGACCGGGAGCGAUGGUGAAGAUGGCGGCGGCGGGCGGCGGAGGCGGCGGAGGCCGCUAUUACGGCGGCGGCAGUGAGGGCGGCCGGGCCCCGAAGCGGCUCAAGACUGACAACGCCGGCGACCAGCACGGAGGCGGUGGCGGCGGUGGUGGAGGAGCCGGGGCGGCGGGCGGCGGCGGCGGGGAGAACUACGAUGACCCACACAAAACCCCUGCCUCCCCAGUUGUCCACAUCAGGGGCCUGAUUGACGGUGUGGUGGAAGCUGACCUUGUGGAGGCCUUACAGGAGUUUGGACCCAUCAGCUAUGUGGUGGUAAUGCCUAAAAAGAGACAAGCGUUGGUGGAGUUUGAAGAUGUGUUGGGGGCUUGCAACGCUGUGAACUAUGCCGCCGACAACCAAAUCUACAUUGCUGGUCACCCAGCCUUUGUAAAUUACUCCACCAGCCAGAAGAUCUCUCGCCCAGGAGACUCUGAUGACUCCCGAAGUGUCAACAGUGUGCUUCUCUUUACCAUUCUGAACCCCAUCUAUUCCAUUACCACGGAUGUUCUUUACACUAUUUGUAACCCUUGUGGCCCUGUCCAGAGAAUUGUCAUUUUCCGGAAGAAUGGAGUCCAAGCCAUGGUGGAAUUUGAUUCUGUGCAGAGUGCCCAGCGGGCCAAGGCCUCACUCAAUGGGGCUGAUAUAUACUCUGGCUGUUGCACUCUGAAGAUCGAAUAUGCGAAGCCUACACGCUUGAAUGUGUUCAAGAAUGAUCAAGAUACUUGGGACUAUACAAAUCCCAACCUCAGUGGACAAGGUGACCCUGGCAGCAACCCUAACAAACGCCAGAGGCAGCCCCCUCUCCUGGGAGAUCACCCCGCAGAAUAUGGUGAGGGCAGGGGGUUCCCCUCCGUGGACUCCCGUGGCUCAUGUGCCCCUGCCCGACGCCCGCCACGCAAAUUCUCACCCGCCCUCCCUCUCUUUCCUUCCCACCCCCCAGGAGGGCCCCACGGUGGGUACCACAGCCAUUACCAUGAUGAGGGCUACGGUCCCCCCCCACCUCACUACGAAGGGAGAAGGAUGGGCCCACCAGUGGGGGGUCACCGCCGGGGCCCAAGUCGCUACGGUCCCCAAUAUGGGCACCCCCCACCCCCUCCCCCACCACCCGAGUACGGCCCUCACGCCGAAAGCCCUGUGCUCAUGGUCUAUGGCUUGGAUCAGUCUAAGAUGAACUGUGACCGAGUCUUCAAUGUCUUCUGCUUGUACGGCAAUGUGGAGAAGGUGAAAUUCAUGAAAAGCAAGCCGGGGGCCGCCAUGGUGGAGAUGGCUGAUGGCUAUGCUGUGGACCGGGCCAUUACUCACCUCAACAACAACUUCAUGUUUGGACAGAAGCUGAAAGUCUGUGUCUCUAAGCAACCUGCCAUCAUGCCUGGUCAGUCAUAUGGGCUGGAAGACGGGUCCUCCAGUUACAAAGACUUCAGUGAAUCAAGGAACAAUCGGUUCUCCACUCCGGAGCAGGCAGCCAAGAACCGCAUCCAGCACCCUAGCAAUGUGCUGCACUUCUUCAAUGCCCCUCUGGAGGUGACGGAGGAGAACUUCUUUGAGAUUUGUGAUGAGCUGGGAGUGAAGCGGCCAUCUUCUGUGAAAGUAUUCUCAGGCAAAAGUGAACGCAGCUCCUCUGGGCUGCUGGAAUGGGAAUCCAAGAGUGAUGCCCUGGAGACUUUGGGCUUCCUGAACCAUUACCAGAUGAAAAACCCAAAUGGUCCGUACCCUUACACCCUGAAAUUGUGUUUCUCCACCGCUCAGCACGCCUCGUAAUUAGGUGCCGAGGAAGAGUCCUAUCUGAGCAGGAAAUAAUUUCUUUCCUUUGUGGUUUUUUUUUUUUUUUUUUUUUUUUUGGCAAAAGU